AUGGACGAUUCUGUCCCCGGCAGCCCCGUCAGCAAAAAAGUCGUACGCAGCACUCCUCCGACCGACGACCAACCCGCAACUCUCCCUCUGUCAGACCAACCACAACCAGUCACAACGCAAAAGCCUGGAGAGACGCAGCCCUUGACUCCCGCCUCGCAGCGUUUCACUACUCAGCCUACCCAGCUGGUCGACGAUCCCCGUGCUGUAGUCCAGGUCGCCGCUUCCUCUCCACCAGGUCCGACUUCGACGACUACCGCCAUCUUAUCCUCCUCACCCUUUCGUCCUACCCCACAACAAGGCGGUCCUCUGUCAAACUCCUUGGCUCCUGCUGGAACCCAAUUCCGUCCCCCGACAUCGGCCGGUCCUGCCAGACGGGCUCCCGUGGUUGAUUUGGACGACGACGGACCGACGUAUCGAGGCGGCUCGUCGGACGAGGAAGAAGACGAGGAAAAUACGGAUAUCAAACCGGCCCAGUUUACUAAGAACUCCCGGAGUCCCGAACAAAUCAUGGAGUCGCCUGUUAACAACGGCGCAGGCGCCGCGCCAAACGAUCGAUUCAAGCAGAUUACUUCUUCGUCCGUAUACGACCCUAACAGCAGCCAUGGCGCAAAACGUCCUGCUUCCGAAAUGGGAGGCAGCAUGAAGGGAAUGGCCGUGAAGAAACAGCGCCAGGACGGCCCGUCUCGCGCUCAACCGGUUGUUGCUCAAAUCUCGUCCCUUGAUGAGAUUGCCGAUUAUCCCACCCGAUCCAAGGUCGAGCGCAUGAUGAAAAUCAUGACAAACAAAUCCAUACAGCAGUGCUUUGAGGCUAUGGUCGUCAGACGUGGUAUUUUCAAUGAUGCGCUAGAAUACCUGGUCGCUGCGGAGGAGCAGGGAGGCAAAGAGUCGGACGAUGAAUUGAGCGUUAAAGCUUCCGGCGCAGCGCCGGCGAAGCAACAAAUCAAAGCGCGUGGUACAAUUCAGGACAAAUGGUCUUCGAUGCGCAUGCCGAACGCAAUCCCACGACCCUCAUCGCCGCAAGACGACAAACCCCGAAGACGCUUGGUGAGAGGUCCCAAGAACCGCGAGCCCUCUCCCGCGAGCCCCAUUCGAUCUGAGGCUAUACCACCCAAGAAGACCGGUCGAUUGGUCAAGGGACGCAGGCAACCAUCACCUGCUCGAUCGGAAUCUCCUGAAGAGCCAGUGGCCAUGACUGAGGAUGACUCGGACUCCGGUGUGGAGGAGACGCAGGGAGACAGCGAGUUGGAGUUGAAGGUCCUCCGUUUCUUCAACACCUGCCAGACUCUGGAGCUUGCAGAUAUUGCUGCCACCACGGAAGAGCUUGCAAAUGCGGUCAUCGCCAAACGGCCGUUCGGGUCUUUGGAUGAAGUGCGCAUUGUCCCUGCGCCUACGGCUGAGCAGACUGCGAAACCCAAAGGCAGCAGAGGGCGUAAGACGCCAAAGCCGAUUGGAGACAAGAUCGUUGAUAAGUGUUUGGACAUGUGGGUUGGCUAUGAGGCAGUCGACUCUCUUUGUGCCAAGUGCGAGGAGCUUGGAAAGCCUCUCGCAACCGAAAUGAAGAAAUGGGGCGUGGACAUCUACGGCAAGAAGGAUGGGGAUUUCGAAUUGACCUCUAUCGACCCGGCGGCAUCGCAUGAUUCUGGUAUUGGGACACCGGCCAGCCAACGUUCUGAAGAUGAUGAAGAUGGUCCGAAAUCACGCAAGGGCCGGUUUAUCGGUCAACCUGGAAUAAUGGUCGAGAAUUUGAAGAUGAAGGAUUACCAAGUCGUCGGGAUCAAUUGGUUGUCUCUGCUCUUUGAAAAGGAGCUGAGUUGUAUCCUGGCAGAUGACAUGGGUCUGGGAAAGACCUGCCAGGUCAUCGCAUUUUUGGCUCAUCUGUACGAGAAGGGCAUCAAGGGACCGCAUCUUGUGGUCGUGCCCUCGUCGACAAUUGAAAACUGGCUUCGAGAGUUCCAGAAGUUCUGCCCGACUUUGUCAGUUAUGCCGUACUAUGCUGGCCAGGCGGAGCGCGCGGUCAUCCGGGAGACCAUCGAGGACAACCGCGACAGCAUUAACGUGAUCAUCACCACCUACACCAUCGCCAAGGCCAAAGUCGAUGCAUCGUUCCUUCGCAGCAUGGACUUCUGCGCUUGUAUCUACGACGAAGGGCACAUGCUCAAGAGCAGCACGUCUGUCCUGUAUGAGAAGCUUAUCCGGAUCCCAGCCCAAUUUAAGCUUCUCCUCACGGGUACACCGUUGCAAAACAACCUCCAAGAGCUGGCCUCUCUAUUAGGUUUUAUCUUGCCCAAGGUUUUCCAGGAGCGCAAGGACCAAUUGCAGUACAUCUUCUCCAACAAGGCGAAGACCAACGAAUCGCAUACCACCCUUCUCUCUGCACAGCGGAUCGAGCGCGCAAAGUCGAUGUUGAAGCCUUUUGUCUUGCGCCGCAAGAAGCAUCAGGUUAUUGACUUGCCGGCGAAGAUUUCGCGUGUCGAGUGGUGUGAGCUGAAUGCGUCGCAAAAGGAGAUCUACGAGCAUGAAAAGGAAGAGGUGCGCAAGCUUGUUGCUGACCGGGCCGCUGGUAAGAAGACGGGAAGCAAGUCUGCCAACAUUCUGAUGAAGCUGCGGCAAGCAGCCAUCCAUUCUCUUCUGUACAGACGGCAUUACAACGAUUCGGUUCUGAAGCAGAUGUCCAAGGCGUGUCUGAAGGAACCGCAAUGGUCUCUUUCUGACCCCAAUGUCAUCUUCGAGGAACUGCAGCCUUACAAUGACUUUGAAUGCCAUACCAUGUGCACGACCUAUCCGAAGUCGCUCGGUAAAUUCGCUCUGAAGAAUGGUGAAUGGAUGGAUUCGGGCAAGGUCAACAAGCUGUGCGAGCUUCUUGAACGAUUCAAGGAUGAUCGCAUUCUGGUUUUCUCCCAAUUCACCAUGGUUAUGGAUAUCCUCGAGCACGUGCUUGAGAACCAGCACGUUGGCUUUGUUCGACUGGACGGCCGGACGAAUGUCGAAGACCGCCAAUCCAUCCUUGACGCGUUCCAUGAACGGACAGAUAUCCCCGUCUUCCUCCUCUCGACCAAAGCCGGUGGUGCAGGUAUCAACCUGGCAUGUGCCAACAAAGUCAUCAUUUUCGACUCCAGCUUCAACCCCCAGGAAGAUGUCCAAGCGGAGAACCGCGCUCACCGUGUCGGUCAAACCCGGGAAGUUGAAGUCAUCCGACUUGUGACCAAGGACACCAUCGAAGAGCAGAUCUACGCGCUGGGUCAGACGAAGCUGGCGCUUGACCAGGCUGUUGCGGGAGACGAAGCGGACUCGAAGAAGGGUGAAGAGGCUGGUAUGAAGGUUGUUGAGGACAUGGUUUUUGCUGAUAUGGAAACGAAGGAUAAGGGGGAAAAGUCUACUUAA